UGAAACAGGUUGUUCCUGUUCAGUUGUCACUGAGGAGAGACACACAGACGGAGAGACAGACGCUGCACUCAGAGACAAAAUGGCUUCCAGAUUAGAGGAGGAUUUCUGCUGUCCGGUCUGUCAUGAUGUCUUUAGAGAUCCUGUUGUUCUGUCAUGCAGCCACAGCUUCUGUAAAGACUGUCUGAAGAGCUGGUGGACAGAGAAACAAACACGUGAGUGUCCAGUUUGUAAGAGAAGAUCUUCGAGGGAAGAACCACCCUGUAAUCUGACUUUAAAGAACCUGUGUGAGAGUUUCUUACAGGAGAGAGAUCAGAGAUCUUCAGAGGCUCUCUGCAGUCUGCACUCUGAGAAACUCAAACUCUUCUGUCUGGACCAUCAGCAGCCAGUGUGUGUCGUCUGCAGAGAUUCAGAAAAACACUCCAACCACAGAUUCAGACCCAUCGAUGAAGCUGCACGACAACACAAGAAGGAACUUCAGGAAACUCUGGAGCCCUUAAAGAAGAAGUUAAAGGUUUGUGAAGGAGUUAAAGUGAAGUUUGAUCAAACAGCAGAACACAUGAAGGUCCAGGCCCGACGCACAGAGAGGAAGAUUAAGGAGCAGUUUAAGAAGCUUCACCAGUUUCUAGAAGAGGAAGAGGAGGCCAGGCUGGCUGCACUGAGGGAGGAAGAGGAGCAGAAGAGUCAGAUGAUGAAGGAGAAGAUGGAGGCUCAGAGCAGAGAGAUAGCAGCUCUUUCAGACACAGUCAGAGCCACAGAGGAGGAGCUGAGAGCUGAAGACGUCUCAUUCCUGAACAACUACAAGGCUGCAGUGGAAAGAGUCCAGCAGCGCCCCCUGCUGGAGGAUCCACAGCUGCCCUCAGGAGCUCUGAUAGACGAGGCCAAACACCUGGGCAACCUGACCUUCAACAUCUGGAACAAGAUGAAGGACAUGGUCUCCUACAGUCCUGUGAUUCUGGAUCCAAACACUGCUCAUCCAGAACUCAUCCUGUCUGAAGAUCUGACCAGUGUGAGAGGAGGAGAGGAACAGCAGCUUCCUUAUAAUCCAGAGAGGUUUAAUUGGUUCUGCUCUGUUCUGGGCUCUGAGGGCUUUAACUCAGGGACUCACAGCUGGGAUGUUGAGGUUGGAGACAGUACAGACUGGAGAUUGGGUGUGUCAGCAGAGUCUGUCCAGAGGAAUGGACUCAUACUGUCUGGAUUAUGGGUAAUACGGUUCUAUGAAGGUAAAUACUCAGCAUGGUCAUCAUCAGCUCCACAAACUGAUCUUGUAGUUCAGAAGAUGGUCCAGAGGAUCAGAGUGAAUCUGGACUGGAACAGAGGAAAGCUGUCGUUCUCUGAUCCUGAUAUUAACACACACAUACACACCUUCACACACACUUUCACUGAGAGGAUGUUUCCAUACAUUAACACAGGGGAUAAAGUCCCACUGAAGAUAUUACCAGUGAAGGUCAGUGUGACAGUGGAACAGAGCAGUUAGAGAUAAAGAGGAUGAUUAUAUUCAUGAUGUUUAUUUCUUAAAGAGAAAAGUCUCUGAAUUGAACCUGUUAAACUGAAACCUGCUCCUCAUUAUUCCAACACUGCAGGAACAGACACAUAUUAUUAAAUAUAAUCAAAUGUUCUGGUAUUAAGCAAAUAAUUAGCCAAUUGAGAACAUAAUAAAAAUAGUGACUUUGUCUUAAAUGAAGGAACCAGAAACAUUCUUAUUUUUAUCAUUUUUUUAUUAAAACAAUGAAAAACUAAACAGCUGCUUCAUUUCCAACACUGGAACAACAAUACAAACCUAAUUCUAUUUCCUUUUCUUUAUAUCUUGUAUUUUUCUGUUUUAUUUUGUUAUUUAAUUAUAUUUCUUUUUUCUCAUUUGUAAAAAAAAUGGCUGUGAAAUCUACAGUUAUUUACUGCAGUAAACACAGUAACAUUACUGUUUAUGAUUUUUACAGUAGAAUAUUGUAAAUUUUACAAUAAAACCUUGUCCACGUGACAAAAUCACAGUAGUUGAAGUGUUACUGUAGAAAAUCACAAUAGCCAGUAUAGUACUGUAAAUAGUAAACGACUGUAUUUUUCCUUUAUUGUGUGUAUUAGAUUUUUAAAAAAUAUAUCAUAAUAAAAACAAUGAUUAACUCAUAA